AUGGAACAACCUGGUUUGCACGUUGAUCGUCCGGUUGAUUCCAAGGAUACUGUCGAACCGAAUCAUCUGAUUAUUUGGUUGGACAAGCACAUUGGAAAAACUGGGCAAUGUCUUCUGUUGAAAAGAAACUUUUUUAUGAUAACAGAUCCAACUACUGAAUGCGAAAGAAGUCUCGACAAGAUCGACAUUGACGCUCGCAUUUGUUCGAAUACCAGUCUAUACCCACGACUUGAUGGAAUUCAAUUUGUUCUACGAGUAUUUGACGAUCCUACGACGUGUUAUAAAACGAUCGAAAAUAAUCUUGAUAAACGUAUCUUUUUGAUAUCGUCUGGCUCGAAAGGAGAAGUGAUCGUACCGCGAGUUGUUCAAAACUUUCCAGAACAAUUUGGAACGACACAAGCGAUUUAUAUAUUCUGUGCAAAGAUGAACAUGAGAGAAACUGAUGGUGCUGGAGCUGCGACUAACGAAUGGGCACUUGAUUAUAGCGAUCAUAUUUUAAUGUACGAUCACGAAGAUUGUUUACUAGCUCGUCUAGUAUUCGAUAUUGGCAAAUAUUUCUUUGCCGAAGCAGAAGUAUUGGCUCAACAAGGACAAUUGAAUGUUGCUAUUCAACAUUAUUAUUGGUCAAAAACAAUGUUUCAGCGACGUAAAACGAUGAUGAACUCAGGAAAUUUACUGAAAAACGAACUUGAAACUGUUGAGAAGUUGAUAGUUGAUCUCGAAAAUCACCUCAGCAAUGAUGAGCACGAUAUUAAAUAA